UAACCAAAGAGAUUGUCUCUUAGGUUAAUCUUAUCAAUUGACAAAUUUACUAUAAAAUGUUUGGCGUAACCAAAAAAAAACCACUAUUAGAAGUUACCGGAGAUCAGGUCAACAUGAAGUUCCUAGUUGUAGUAUUGGCUUUGACUUCUGUAGUCUUAACAGCGCCACAACCCAAGAAGAUCUUCCACGAAAACUAUGAAGACUUUUUGGACUUGAUCGAAGAGCGUGUCGGUGAUCAGAUCAGUGUCCUCAUGACUCAGUACAUUCAGAACCAAGAGUUCGUAGACACUUUAACGUAUUUAAGCUCUGUCGAUUUCAAGAAUCUGGUGUAUGAGAUGGAAGAUCUGCCUGAAUUUCGUGCUGUCCUUAAUUACCUCGAAACCCACAGUAUCGACAUAAUGUUCUUUAUUGACUACUUCAACGAAAUAUUAGAAAAUCCAGAAGCAAGAAUGCGCACUUCUCGCCAAGAGCCCAGUGGUCAGGACUUUAAUUCUUUCUUGAGGGAUGUUAUUGCUUUAUUCCCUAAGGCUGAGUUAGCUGCACUUUACGAUCAGAAAAUGGCUGACGAUGAAGAUUUCAGGGCUGCUAUGGAAGGUCUAAAUAGUGAGGAAUGGGAUCAGGUCUUCGAAGCUCUUUGGGAUAGUGAAAUAUUUCAAGCUGAAGUUAAAGCGUUGGCAGAAAAUGGCGUUGAUAUAGAAGUCCUCUUAGAUCAGCUAGUUGCUAUUUUUGGACAAGACUUUGAAUAAUUAAAUAAAAAUGUCCAGACAAAUAACGCUAUUUAAAGAAAAUAAAGAAAAAAAAUGAAAUUGGGUUGUAUUACAUAUUGAGCUUACAUAACCAAUAGAAUACUAAAUGUAUUCAGUAUCAUUUUGGUUUUCGAAAUAUUUAUUUAAUAUCAAUAAAUUUUAUAUCAUUACUGUUGAGCUUUUCUUUAACAUUCCAAUUCUUUUAAAAUAUAUCUACGUGUCUAACAAAACCUAUAUGUACACUGAAUCGUACUUUUGCGGGUACAAAACAGUGAGAAU